AUGCCCGCGCUCUGGCAGGCAUCUCAGCGUCCUAUGUACAUUAGAACUGUAUGGAUCGACGGAUUUCGACACGCGAUCUUAACACACGACGAUCCACAUUACAUCGAACUGAACGCUAAGAGACGGAGACCUCAUUCGUCGGCGAGCAUCAACCCUAAACGGAAAGCUCAAAGCUCGCGACUCAGCCAUCACAGCGAUUCGAGUUGUUUGAGAAAACUCGACCUUAUAAUCAAAAGCGAUAGAAUCAUAACCGCUCAGGAUCCAGACAUUGAGAAACUUAAUUUAACGGAAGUGGAAGUAGAUGACGAUUACGUUCUUAAAACAUCUCCACGGCCACAUUGUAAUACUGACAAUUUCCAAUCAAAAACCGAAUCAGUAGAUAUGAAGGCUGUAAAAAGCAACAGAACAGCAAGAACUAACGUAAGAGAAAACACCGAGUUAUCUGACAGGGUGCUGCAAUGGUUGGACUUAGCUGGGAAAGUUGAUUUAAUAGCAUCUGAAAACCCGGAGCGUUUGUGUCAGCCUAGACACAGUUGUCCAGAGACGCAACGGCGUAAUCUAACUAAAUCCCGCACUGUUACUGAUUUAAAAGUCAGAGAGUGCAGGUCUGUACCGUCGACAGAGUCUAAAAUAAGUGAUUCAAUCGAUCGACAAGAGCUCUACGUACCAACAUCGGCGACAACGAUCGAAAACUACGCGAGACAGUCACGAAUUGUCAAAAGCACGCCACGAGAGAAACACGUGAAAACAAAAGAAAACAAAAAGGUCACAGACAUUCGAACAAAUGUUGUCGACACGAGACUGAAAAUGAUCAAUGAAAGGAGUGCUAUGGAGAAACAGUACGCCGAAUUGAUUACCAAGAAAAUAAUACCAAAUCUGAGUAACGCAAAGAAACAGGUGCACAUUUUUAUGCCGGAGGCAAUAGCAAAGAAACUUGGCUCCACUGGAACCGGAAGUUUACUGUCACAGAAAUCUUAA